CCUGUCACUGACUUUUUUGAUGCAAAAAACAAUAAAAUUUCCAAAAAGUCUUGCUUGCUUAUUGUUCGUGCCAUAAAAAACGUCCCCCAAAUUCGCCCCAUUUUUUUCGUUUGCUCACAUGCAGCCGAGCGUGGAUCCACUCGCAGCAUCGCAACUGCUUGAGACUAUUCGAGAAGAGUUGGCAAUUCAAGCAUGUUCAAACAGUAGUGCAUUAUCUUUCAUCAAGGGCUUCAUCGUGGGACAAGUCAGCGUGAUUGUCGUUAUUAUUAUUGCCUUGCGAUAUCUGCUAAUGGAAGAUGUCAAGCGUGUGAAAAAGAGAUAUAUCCCUUCACGAUUAUCCACUGCGCCUCCAUCGCGAGCUAAUGCUGGCGUUUCACAGUUACCGGCAUCGUAUAUCUCCUCGAAAACAUAUUAUGAUAUUGUGCAUCAUCCUCCAGAAAGUACAGACUGGCUCAAUGUGUUGAUUGCACAAGCGAUUAUGCAAUACAGAGAAGACGCCAAUAUCAACAAUCGUCUUAUUCUGGCCGUGGAUGAGGUUCUUAACGGAGGCGUGCGUCCAAGCUUUCUCGGACCAAUUCAUGUGACUCGGUUGAACCUUGGCGAAGAGUUUCCCAUCUUUAGCAGUGCACGCAUCAGGUCUUCAGACGAACUGGGAUCCAUGCGGGCUGAAAUUGAUUUUGAGUAUAACGAUCAAAUCACUCUGGGCAUCGAAACGCAAGUUAUCCUUAACUGGCCCAAACAAGCAUUUGCAGCGCUGCCGGUAUCCUUGGGUUUAAGCGUCGUCCGAUUUUCGGGAACUUUGACCAUUGAGCUUAUCAAUCCUCCAGAAACCACCACCAAACCCGACGUUCCUUUAGAAAGAUAUAUCGCCAUUUCUUCACAUUCCGACUUUGUUCUGGAUCUUAAUGUUCGCUCACUGAUCGGCUCACGCACCAAACUGGAAGAUAUCCCUAAACUCACCGAUCUUAUCACAACCAAACUACGCAAUGUAUACAUCGAUAAGCUUGUAUAUCCAACCUUUGUCAAAGUGAAAGUGCCCAACAUGUGGGAAGAACGGGACAGAAGAACGCGAGAGAAAGAAGCAUCCGAAGCGUUGGCUGGAACCACGGUAAGCGAUGCCUCGAGCGGUCUCAAGUCAAAGGCGAAAGAAAAAAUGCAAGAAUUCGUGGAGGAUAUCAAAGAAGCGUAGCCAUUAUCUUUUGCCACUACACUACACUGUAAACAAUUCAAUACGGGUGACUAAAAUUUUGCAUUCAUUUUGUUGUACCGUUUAUUCCAGAAACUAAUGCCCCAAAUACAGAGAGUCAAAUAUCAGACCAUUACAAAUAACUUCUGGCAUAAGAAAAUCAAUUAAUGAUGGAGGAAAGAUGGAAUAAGUUGACUUCUUUAGCAAAAACAUCGAAUUUUUCCUCCCUACAAAAAGGAACCUUGAUGACAAUGAUAAAAUGUCCCUG